ACCUAUAUAUAUUCCUCUCCUCCUCCCCUCACCUGGCUGUUAUUUUCUGCUUUCCAGAAAUAUCGAGAGCGUAGCGCAUCAUUUCUGGCAGCGCACUAACUGAUCUUAUUCAGGACGAUCGUGUUCUUCACUGCUCUCGCGAUGUCGCACUCUAGGAGAUCAAGGUGUGCCUUUGAUGCUUUGUACAUUUGAGUAAUUGGGUUAAGUUUGUGAAUGUCUUUUGUUUGAUUGACAACAUGUUGCAUCUAUUUUAGGAGUGUUGAGAAUCCUGGAAAUAAUCUCUAUGUGACUGGAUUAUCUACACGGGUAACAAAGAGGGACCUUGAGAAGCAUUUUUCAACAGAGGGAAAGGUCGAAGAUGUUCACAUUGUGGUAGAUCCAUGGACUAGGGAGUCCCGAGGAUUUGGCUUUGUGACAAUGUCCACUGUUAAGGAGGCUGAUUGUUGUAUCAAAUAUUUGGACGGAUCUGUCUUGGAAGGCCGUGUUAUCACCGUGGAGAAGGCUAGGAGGCGGAGAGGCCGGACGCCUACCCCAGGAAGGUAUCUUGGGCUCCGAACUGACCAUGCACGUCGCCAUUCUCCCAGUUACCCUCCCUAUUACUAUUAUAGGAGUAAUUUCUCCAGAUCCUCUUCCGAACGAGAUAGAAGCAGGUCCUACUCUCCUUCCGACAGUACAAGAUCUUACUCGCCCUAUGAUGGCCACAGAGGGUCUUACUCUCAUCGCUGCAGGUCCUACUCUCCAUCCCGAUCCCCUCACGGUAGGUCACCAGUUAGCAUGCGUGACCGGUCCUACUCUCCGUACGACUUCCAAGAUGACUAUUAUUACAGAAGAGACCGGUCCCACUCUCGGUACAGCUCCGUGGAGGACCACUAUCAUAGGCGAAGCCGCCGUCGUUCUGUCUCCCGGACGGCGAGGAAGACCUUGAGAUACGACUCCAGGCACUAUUCACCAGAUGACCAUUACUACAGCAGUGGCCGUUACCGUUCUCCCUCUAGGAGUAUUUCACCAAGGGCACGGAGGAGGUCAUGGAGGAGCUACUCAGAGAGUAUGUCACCUGAACCAAGGAGAAGUCAGAAAAGCCACUCGUCGUCCAAGCGCUUGCGGAGAAGCUAUUCUCGCAGUCAGAGUAUAUCCCCUGGCUAUAGGAGGAGGACCAGCUAUUCUUGUAGCAUUUCGCCUAGACCGAGAAAGAGCAGCUCCAGGCACUCUUCCCGAAGGGGGUGUGAUCUUCGUACCCGCCGUGACAUUGGGAGCUGUUUCGUUCGAAGCUACUCCAGGAGUUGCAGCGGAAGCUCGUCUUCCCCAUCUGUAUCAAGGUCUGCCACACCGAGAUCAGCAUCAUCACUUUCAUCUUGAAGAGUUCGAAAAUUUGCUACUUUCCCCCCCGUUUGGCAGGGGACUCUAAUUCUGGCUUCCGUUAAAGGAUCUUGCACGCACCAUGCCUAUGUUGGAUGGUUAAAAAGUAUGAUAUUAUCAAACCUUGUUUGUGUAUGAUAUUAUCAACCUUGUAUGUUAAAAACUCUCUUUGUUGCUUGCUGGAUGGAUUACGGAGAAUAUGAACCUGGCUGACGCCUGUUUUACUUGUAAGCAUUGCAUGAGAGUAAUGUAUACAUAAAAUACCAUACUUCUCUCAA